GUUUGCGCAGGCGCACACCUUCUGCCGGCCAGCAUGGCGGACACAGGGCCUCCGCCCAGUAAGAGGAAGCGCGAACUGGAUGCCGAGGAGACGGAAGCCCCCAGCACAGAGCAAAAGGAAGCAGGCGUUGGGAAUGGUACCUCUGCCCCUGACCGGUUACCUUUCUCCGGCUUUAGAGUGAAAAAAGUGCUGAGGGAGUCCGCGCGGGACAAAAUCAUUUUCCUACACGGGAAGGUGAAUGAGGCCUCUGGGGAUGGGGAUGGAGAGGAUGCCAUUGUGAUCUUGGAGAAGACGCCAUUUCAGGUGGAGCAGGUAGCCCAGCUCCUGAUGGGCAGCCCUGAGCUCCAGUUGCAGUUCUCCAAUGACAUCUACAGCGCCUAUCGUCUGUUCCCUCCAAAGCAGCUGAGUGAUGUAAAGACAACUGUGGUUUACCCUGCCACAGAGAAGCACCUGCAGAAGUACGUGCGCCGGGACCUCCACCUGGUGCGAGAGACAGGAGAUGAUUACAAGAACAUCACCUUACCCCACCUGGAGUCCCAGAGCCUCAGCAUCCAGUGGGUGUAUAACAUUCUCGACAAGAAGGCAGAAGCCGAUCGGAUUGUUUUUGAGAACCCAGAUCCCUCUGUCGGCUUUGUUCUCAUCCCUGACCUCAAGUGGAACCAACAACAGCUCGAUGACCUGUACCUGAUUGCCAUCUGCCAUCGCCGGGGCAUCAAGUCUCUUCGGGACCUUACUCCAGAGCACCUGCCGCUGCUCAGGAACAUCCUCCGGGAGGGGCAGGAAGCCAUCCUGCAGCGCUACCAGGUGAAGGCAGACCGCCUCCGAGUGUACCUGCACUACCUGCCCUCCUACUACCACCUGCACGUGCACUUCACAGCCCUGGGCUUCGAGGCCCCUGGCGCGGGGGUGGAGCGGGCCCACCUGUUGGCAGAGGUGAUUGAGAACCUAGAGUGUGAUCCGGAAUACUACCAGCAGCGAACCCUUACCUUUGCCCUCAGGGCUGAUGAUCCCCUGCUCCCGUUCUUGCAGGAGGCCCAGAGGAGCUGAGUCGACCCAGGGGCUGUCAGGAGAAGAGCACAGAUGUGUGGGAUUGAGGGUGGGGGGAGUGGAAUUUUUAGCUCCAAGUGAAUUUUUUAAAAAUAUAUUUUGUACUGGCUUAUUCCUAGGAUGUGAAUAAAGUAUUGGUCUCAUUCG